AUGGCCGAUUAUCAUGUACAGAUUCUGAGGCUCGGCAUAUGCUACCCAGACGAUGGAAACCAUCAGAACGCGUGGUCACGACUGGUCUCGACUCCAAUCCUUGAUAGAGGCCAUUUCCCAGUCGAAGGAAUCGCUGCUGAAACUUCACGAGAAUUCAAGAUAGAGCCAUCCACCCCCGCCUAUGGGGCCCGUGGUACUGGCGUGCGGAGUUCAACAAGGUCUAUUCCAAGUCCUGUGCCCGGGGCUCUAGGCCACUCCUGUCCAGCUUGCGGUAUAGCCUGGCCGGUACCUUGCCCCAACGAGACGCCACCGGCAUCCACCAAGACAGACAGUGAUACUACCCGCCAGCACCACCACCAGCCGGAGGAAGAAUCACAGAGCGCUGUGAGUGCCGCGAGCACCACAAUAACCACAGCUCCCGAAAUUGCCCCUACACCUUUCUCAGCAGCAAUACCUGACCCUUCCGACAACAUGCCGAAAGCAAGCGCAAAGGGCUGUGUAAACCAAGGGUCAGCUGACCCUGGUUAUGCGUGCGGUGGCUGGGGACACCUCUACUGUACCCAUGUCACAGCCAUCGAUAUCAGCGCCUGCGCCGUCGCCAGGAGGUUGGGCUUCGACUCUGUCAUACAGAUUCGGGAGCCAAUUGUCAAGAACGGCUGCCCAAUCCUGCCUAUGCGGGAAUGA